AAUCACAGCAAGUGUGGUACUUGAACUUGGACCAGGCCAAGUGAACUAGAGGGACGACAUGAAACCAUCAGUCUUGCGGCGCCAGCGAGGCAGUUCACCACGCGAAGCUCACCAUGAAGUCCCUGCUGUGUGUUGUGCUAGCACUGGGAUGCCUUGCAUCUGCACAGGCCGCGGCGGUGUCGGAGCGCGACACCUUGUUUGAGCUCGUGCCCCAGGACUCGUCGAUCGGUCAGUGCGUGCUCGGCUUCGGCACGGCCCUGUACGAGGGCCUCCAGGCCGUCGCGGGCUUCUUCACCAUCUGCCUGGCCAUCCCCGUCUUCGGGCUCAUCAUCGCGCCCAUCAUCGCCAUCGUGGGCAUCGUCACGAUGCCGGUGGCCGUCUUCCUCGACAUGCUCAUCUGCCUCGGAAUCAUCCACGGAUAAGACUCGGCCAGAACAUUCAAUGCGAUUGGCGAUAACUUUGUAACACUCGUUCAGACAAAUAAAAAUAAUCACAAAAAAAGUUGAACAAAAAAA